GUGACCGCACCCUUCCACCCCCCAUCUCCGGUUAAGAGAGUGGCGACUUCUGUGAGACAUGGAUAGAUGCAAACAUGUAGGGCGGUUACGGCUCGCCCAGGACCACUCCAUCCUGAACCCUCAGAAGUGGUGCUGCGUGGAGUGCGCCACCACCGAGUCGGUGUGGGCUUGCCUCAAGUGCUCCCACGUGGCCUGUGGCCGCUACAUUGAGGACCACGCACUGAAACACUUCGAGGAGAGUGGACACCCGCUAGCCAUGGAAGUCCGGGAUCUCUACGUGUUCUGUUACCUGUGCAAGGACUACGUGCUCAAUGAUAAUCCGGAGGGGGACCUGAAGCUGCUCAGAAGCUCCCUCCUGGCAGUCCGGGGCCAGAAGCAGGACCAGCCCGUGAGACGCGGGCGGACGCUGCGGUCCAUGGCUUCGGGCGAGGACGUGGUCCCGCUGCAGCGCGCUCCUCAGGGACAGCCGCAGAUGCUCACGGCUCUGUGGUACCGGCGCCAGCGCCUGCUGGCCAAGACGCUGCGGCUGUGGUUCGAGAAGAGCUCCCGGGGCCAGGCGAAGCUGGAGCAGCGGCGGCAGGAGGAGGCGCUGGAGCGCAAGAAGGAGGAAGCGCGGCAGCGGCGACGCGAAGUGAAGCGGCGGCUGCUGGAGGAGCUGGCCAGCGCCCCUCCGCGCAAGAGCGCGCGGCUGCUCCUGCACGCGCCCCGCGACGCGGGCCCGGCCGCCCUGCCUACCUCACGCCGAGCGUCCGCCGCCUCCCUCAAGCCGCGCCGCCAGCUGGCCGUGGCCCCGGGCGUCACUGGCCUGCGCAAUCUGGGCAACACCUGCUACAUGAACUCCAUCCUCCAGGUGCUAAGCCACCUCCAGAAGUUCCGAGAAUGUUUCCUGAACCUUGACCCUUCCAAAACGGAACAUCUGUUUCCCAAAGCCACCAACGGGAAGGCUCAGCUCUCUAGCAGGCCGGCCGGCAGCUCGGCCACCGAGCUGUCUUCGAGGAGCGACAGGGCCGAGGCGUGCGAGCGGGAGGGCCUCUGCUGGAAUGGCGGGGCCUCCAUCAGCCGGAGCCUGGAGCUCAUCCAGAACAAGGAGCCGAGCUCGAAGCACAUUUCCCUCUGCCGCGAACUACACACCCUCUUCCGAGUCAUGUGGUCUGGGAAGUGGGCCCUGGUGUCUCCCUUCGCCAUGCUUCACUCUGUGUGGAGCCUCAUCCCUGCCUUCCGUGGCUACGACCAGCAGGAUGCGCAGGAAUUUCUCUGCGAGCUGCUGCACAAAGUGCAGCAGGAACUCGAGUCAGAGGGCACCACGCGCCGCAUCCUCAUCCCCUUCUCCCAGAGAAAGCUCACCAAACAGGUCUUAAAGGUGGUGAAUACCAUAUUUCAUGGGCAGCUGCUCAGUCAGGUCACAUGUAUAUCAUGCAAUUACAAAUCCAAUACCAUUGAGCCCUUUUGGGAUCUGUCCCUAGAAUUCCCCGAACGCUAUCACUGCAUAGAAAAGGGGUUUGUCCCUUUGAAUCAGACAGAGUGCCUGCUCACUGAGAUGCUGGCCAAGUUCACAGAGACAGAGGCCCUGGAAGGGAGAAUCUACGCUUGUGACCAGUGUAACAGCAAACGACGAAAAUCCAAUCCAAAACCCCUUGUUCUGAGUGAAGCUAGAAAGCAGUUAAUGAUCUACAGACUACCUCAGGUCCUCCGGCUGCACCUUAAAAGAUUCAGGUGGUCUGGCCGUAAUCAUCGAGAGAAGAUUGGGGUCCAUGUCGUCUUUGACCAGGUAUUAACCAUGGAACCUUACUGCUGCAGGGACAUGCUCUCCUCUCUUGACAAAGAGACCUUUGCCUAUGAUCUCUCCGCAGUGGUCAUGCAUCACGGGAAAGGGUUUGGCUCAGGACACUACACAGCCUAUUGCUACAACACAGAGGGAGGUUUUUGGGUCCACUGCAAUGACUCAAAGCUGAAUGUAUGCAGUGUCGAGGAAGUGUGCAAAACCCAGGCCUACAUCCUUUUUUACACUCAAAGAACAGUGCAGGGCAAUGCAAGAAUCUCAGAAACCCAACUCCAAGCUCAGGUGCAGUCCAGCAACAACGAUGAAGGCAGACCACAGACAUUCCCCUGAAUGGGAGGCAUGUAUCAAGGACUGACUUGCUUUUAAACUAUUGGUGUCCAUACUUCUUUCCUCUUGUAGGAAAUAAGGCUUACUGCAGGAACAGAUUACUAGGUUUGCCUCACUGGG